AUGAUGACCAAACGGAGAUUGAGUCUCGCCUGCAACAUUGCGGCGGUAUUCCGGCCGGACAAAUCGAGUGAGCCCAUGCAACCAUGCAUAUGUACUCCGUAUAGCGAGACAACUCAGACACAUGUCACCCGAUUGGACACCCCGCCCAUAGUCAGUGGCGGAGCCGGGGGCCAUGCGAUCGCAGAGAGUGGGGGCGAUGUCAUCCUCUGUAUGGAUCGGGAGCAACGGUUUUCGUGGGGAGAGAUGCAGGAGAUUGACACUGGUGCCUGCAUCAGUAUAUCCCCAUCCCCCACAUCCAUUCGCUUCCCAGAAAUCCUCCAAACUCUGGCCGCCAAGCAUGGCACCCUGACAUGGUACCAAAAGUACGUCACAGAUUCUGGGCAGCUUCCAAUCUCGACCCGCGGACGCCGUGUUCGCUUACGUCAUUUCUGGAUACCUGCUGGGUGUGCUAGGGCUGCGAUGAUUAGCCCGGCGUAUGAGUGA